AUGGGGGCGAGCCAGUAUCCGCACUCUACAGAAGGUGCUCCUUUGCUGCCCACGACAUCGACCGGGUCGGUCGCUGUGAAGGUCGCAGUCGAGACGGAGCCCCAGCACCAUGCGUUGCUUGGGAUGGCGUGCGUGGCUUGCUCGGCCCUUUGUUUCAGCUUCAUGUCGACUUUCAUCAAGUACUUGACCUUCACCGUGACGUCUAUGGAGGCCAUCUUCUGGCGCUCGAUGGUCGCGUGCGCGUGCAACUUCGUUGCCAUCAAGCUGAAAAACCAACGCCUGUACGUCGCGCCCGAGCACCGCAAAAUGCUGCUGAUCCGCUGCUUCGUCGGGUUCUCGUCGAUGGGCUUCAGUUUUUACGCUGUCUCGCAAAUGGUGUUGGCCGACGCAAGCGUCAUCAUCUUCACAUCGCCCGUCUUCACCUUCUUCAUGGGAGCGCUGUUUCUCCACGAGAAGAUCGACCCCGUCAGCCUCAUCAGCGCCAUCGCAGCGUUCGGAGGUCUGGUCUGCGUCGUGCGUCCGGGCUUCCUCUUCGGAUACAACCACCCUACCGCUGCUUCGGACGGGUCGUGGGUCGCCGUGUGCUCGGGACUGCUCGGCGCAUUGAGCCAAGUGUUCGUAUUCCUCGUCGUUCGGCAGCUCAAGGGGCUGAACGUGUUUGUGAUCAUCCACUACUUCACGCUCUCCAACGUCAUCUUUGCCAUGGUGUGGAUCGCCCUCAUCCAGCAGUCCUUCACCAUUUCCUCUGCUCUCCCGUUCUGGGGCGCCGUCUUCGGCUGCGGCUUCUUCACGUUCCUAGGCCAGUCCUUCCUAACCCGGGGCUUCCAGCUGGAAAAGGCGGGCAUCGCCUCCGUCAUGCGCUACUUGGACGUGGUCUUCGUCUUCAUCUGGGACUCGGUCAUCCUCGGCGAGCACAUCAACCACUGGAGCAUCGUCGGUGCCUUCAUCAUCGUCUCCUGCGCCGUGCUGAUCGCGCUCCGCAAGAUGCACAUGACUCCACCGCAGUAA